CUCGGUUUGCGACAUCUGCAGACAAAUCGAUUUAUUUAUUUACAGUUUUAUAAAGAUUGUGGUCACAAUUGUGAUAAUGGUAUAAAUUAGGAAAUUAAUUAAAUAAAGUCGCGUUCUUAAUGUCAACAAUUAAAAUAUAUUAAAAAAUCUAACGUACUUUUUUCCUGUCAGGCGGAAACGCAAUGGUUCUCUUCCCGUCGAGCUGUUAAUUUAGCAGUUUUAGCAUCACAGAUUAAUACCAUUACACAACAAAUUAUCCUAUGUCUGACAUAUUAAGUUGCUUUUUUCGUACUACAGUGGAUACGGUUAACGUUACGAGUCUGACUUUAAAUUACAUUUAUAUUGAUAAGUAAAUAACUGAAAGUUAGAUUUGGAACGUUCGCAUCUGACUAACUGAACGAGCUAACAGUUAAACUAGCCUCGUACUAAAAACAUUGUAGUUUUGAACACAAUUUCGACUUUCAACUGUCAUUAAGUGUAGGGUUGCGAAUGUCUUUCUGCCCGAAACGCGAUGUAUGUAUCGGUCGCAAAAUAUGCAAAGCUAUGUGGAUGUAAUUUACAUGAGCUGGAGUAAAUGAUCUGUGAACUGCUUCAAAUGUCAAAGUGCUAAAAUGGAUCUUUUGAUCAAUCAGUUCAUCAAUAAAAUGAACAAUAACAACAGUCGAUUUCAUUAUAACGUUAGUUCAUAUAAGGAUGACUCAGGAGUAUCUAGGGUUCAUGAGGUAAACCCAGGACCCCCACCUGUGAGCCCAACUAAGAGAAAACACCAUGAAGACAGCGAUUGUGAUGAAGAACAAAUGAACAAAAUGAGUCGAUUACUGGCAUUCCAACUGGGAGGUCUUUAUGCAAAUACUGGAAAUCAGGAUUCAUGGAAUUACAGUUCCUUUCAACACACAACUCUCGUUGGUCCUCAAAACCACCAUGUGUUCACACCUUUUCCCAUUUUUGCGAUGGAUCAACCUCUUGCAUUGUCAAAGCACACCUCAGAUUCUGCUAGGAGCACACCUUUGUUACCUGGAACCAACAUGGAUCGACAGCAGAAUCGUCCAUCUGUGAUCACCUGCGGCCCUGCGAGCAAGCGCUCAUGCAGUCUGUCUGGCUGUCAUAUGUCUCAUCACAGCUGCACCUCUGCAUCCGCCAACAAGAGCAACGUAAACACCAUGUGUGAUCCUGUGAUAGAGGAACACUUCCGCCGUAGUCUGGGGAACAUCUACACAGAGCCCGGCUCUAAAUUAGUGUCCAUCACAGGCUCAGUUGAUGACCACUUCACUAAAGCACUGGGAGACACCUGGUUACAGAUCAAAUCCAGAGACUGUGGCCCAACAGCACCUGAGCCCAAAUCAUCAUGAGUCAUCUUACCACAGUCCUGCGUAAGAAUAUCACUUGUGAAUUGUUUGUCCGUAGUCUGACGUCAUGCAUCACUGCUUCCAGGUCCAAGCGCUCUAUCAGAUGCCAUAGACAAAAAUGCUAUGAUAUAGUUUUGGGCGUGCUGUAAAACUAUCAAACAACCUUGAUCCUAACCUUUAUCUCCAUAUCGAAAUCCCAGAUGGCCAGAUAGUGAUUCAUUUUUCUUCAUUCUUAAAGAGUAAAUAUUACAAUGUCCUUAAAAUUACAUUUCAUGCCAUGUUUAAUGUGUGUGAAUGUAACAAACAGCAAAGUUAUUGAAAAAUGAAGUUGACUCUGAAUGAUGCAAACGAGUGGCCUGUCAUUCUAAUUUCAGUUAAGGGUCGGAUUUUUUGUGCCCGCCUGGGUUCAAUGUACGACACUGCACGCGGUAGACCAAUUACAGCAGACUAGACCAUCUGACAAACAAAAUCAGUGUUGGAAGACACAAAGGAGGGGAUUAGACAGAUGAUCGCCUAAUUAAUGAUUUGAGAGUCAGUCAAAAAGCAUGGUAAUAAUAACUGCCCAUUAUUAGAAAAUGAAAGUAUUUUUACACUAUGUAUGAACGUAAACUUGUUGGACACUCAAUAAACCAAAGUAAAACCUUAAAAAUCACAAAUUAUUUACUCUUUAAUUAUAAACAUAUUGAUAGAGAUUCCGUGAGCCUAGAGAAUGAAAUAUAUUACACUCACAGGUGUUCACUCUAGAGUGAACACUAUGAGGUGAUAAAAGUUUGGCAUUAAUAAGUUAUAUGAAUAAAUAGUGUUUGUAAAUGGCUGUUGAAAAUGGAACACUCACGUAAAACAAGUGGAUCCUUGGGAACGGUAUUCUUUAGCGAUAUGACCUAACAAGCUGAUAGGCACCUUACAGACAAACAAAGUAUAUAUGAUGGUCAACCAAAGGACUCUUUAAAAUUGUUCAAGACCCAUGUGUGUUUCAAAUGCAAUAAAAGAAUCUUCUUUCAGCCACAACAUUUGACCUGGACGUGACAGUUCAUGAGCUCCAACUUUAGCUUUAGCUGCCUGUAAUUCCUGUUUUUAAACUCAAAUAGCUGCUAUCUGUUGUAGAUUUUUUUACUCUCUUUACUUUGAAUAUAUUUUUUGUAAGUAACAUUCUCAAUAGAUCCAACUGCUGGGACAGUGUACGCAAUAUAUUUUUAUAACAUAUUUGUAAGCGUAUAUGGCUUGGCCUUUGGACAGAGUCUCUAUCGGACUGAGUGAUGAGCAUCUGAUGAUCAAUGCCAAUGAAAACGGUUUUUAACCAUGUUUCUACUGUCUCUUGAUGUUUCAUUUUAUUCCAUUAAAUGACUCUUGAUGAGAACUUAUUUUGAGUGAAGUGGAUUAAAAGUGUGAUGUGAUCAAUACAGGCAACAUUAACUGUGUCUGAAAGAGUCGUUUUGUGAUGUCAAUGCAGAAUACAAACUAUAAUUAGCGGUUUCUAUUGUAGCAAUUUACUUAAGCACACUUGUAUUGUGUUUUUGCAGAAAAAAUGUUGGUGACCAUCAUUGCGCUGUGCGUGAUAUGUUUUUUCAGUAUAGAUAUUUACUCAUAAGCCUGUUUGUCUAUAAUUAGCCGUAGUUCAUGUAUUUAUUUUCUUUUUAGUGUACCUGUCAGACGUUAACAUGCUGUAACGAGUACGUGUUGAGAAUUUGACAUUGAUUGACCAAAGUCUCAUGAAUAGCCUGUUUGACAUGGGUAGAGCCAAAUUUUGGAUAACGGAUUCUGAAAUUGAGUCCCUUUUGUCCGGUCAUUCAAAUGCUACAUUUAUAAAGUUAAAAACUUGACUGAACGCAAGUGUGGUUUGCAAAUUUGUUUUUAAUAAGACUGUUCUUUAGAAAUUCCACUUUUAUAUUUUUACACUUAAUAAAAUCACCUUACAGUAAA